AUGCCCAAGUGCGACUACUGCGAUGUCUACCUGACGCACGACUCCAUGAGCGUGCGCAGGGCCCACAACAGCGGAAAGAAUCAUCUGCGCAAUGUGGUCGACUACUACCAACAAAUCGGUCACGAAAAGGCUCAGUCUGUCAUCGACUCCAUCACGUCCUCCUAUGCAGCAGAGGGUCAGGCCCACGCCAACCCAAUGCUUCCCCAGAACCAGCCCGGUCACAGGUUCCCUCCUCCAUUCCCUUUCCCGGGUGGCGCACCGCCUCCCUUCCCGAACAUGCCUGGCGCACCUAUGCCUCACGGUCUACCUCGUGCUCCCCGCGGUAUGCCCGUACCCUUCCCCGGUCCAAAUGGCAUGCCUCCCAUUCCUCCCCCCGGCGCCGGCGCCGCUGGUCUACCGUUUCCCCCUCCCCCCGGCGGGCUCCCCUUCCCCCCUCCCCCGGGAGCCGCCGGCCUGCCACCUCCUGGCUUUCCGGGGAUGCCUCCCCCUCCUGGCCCCCAGGGAUUCCCCGGUGGUCCCCCCCCGCCUGGAUUCCCUCCCGGUAUGCCUGGUGCCCCUGGUGCCCCUGGUCUCGACAGACGAUAG